AGAAAAAUAAAUUCUAACUAUUCGGUUUUAUUUUAGAACGUUUUCUUCUUAUUUAUUUUCAUUUAUAUUAAUUGUUGUAAUUGGUAUCUUUUUGUUUAUUCGAUUGAAUAGUUUAAUUUAAAGAUUAUUACGUUUAAUUGGUAAUAUUCUUAUUUUUACUACAUUGAAUUAUUAUUACUAAUGUGUGUACAAUUUUAAUUGAUCAUUGUUUAUUUUAUUCAAAUAGAAAUGACACCAGCAGUUGUGGAUAGAAAUGAUGAUAGGCCAUCCACUUCGGAUAAUUUCGAUUUGGAAAAGACCGCCGAAGAAGCAAAAUCUUUAAUUGAAAAAAUCAUUAAGGAUGUAGGCAAAAAGUCUGCUACUAGACAAUUGAUUUUUGGUUCAGCAUCAGGAUGGUUUGAUUAUAAUAUAAACAUUUUUCCUUGGUUUUAAUGAGUUUGAAGUACUUACAUAUUUUAUUAUUCCAGGGUCACUGGUUUUGUCAUGAUGAAAUUGGGCAAAGCUGCUGCAUUCACUCUUGGUAGUGGCAUUAUAGCAUUACAGUUAGCCAAUUCAAGCGGGUACAUAAAAAUUAAUUGGGAUAAAUUAACUAGAGGUGUGGAAAGAGUCGCUGAACAAGUCGAAGAUAGCACUAGCGAUAAGAAGAAAGGAUUAUUAAAAAAGGUAAUGAAAAUAUCAAAUUUAUUGUUUACAUAAACUUCACGUCUUUGUAGUCAUGGUAAGAUCUAUGUAUUUUCUAUGUAUCGAUUCUCUUUUAGGUCAAAAACAUUGUAGAAACCAACACUAUUAUGGCUGCUGGAUUUACGGGUGGUUUCUUCCUUGGUGUCGCCUACUCAUAGACAGAUUUCUUGUUGACAACAUAAAAGAAUUCUUUGAACUAAAUUUUAAUUAUUAUCUCAGUAAAGCUAUUUAACAAAUGUAUUUUUAAACAGAAAUCUUGAUUUUAUAACAAUAAUAAUAUGUUUAUUAAAAUUAUUUUACAAAAACUCGAUCCAUCUGAAAUGUGUUUAUUACCACAAAAAAUUUAUAUUUGAUGAUGUAUGGACCGAUUUCAGAUGGAACGCUAUGUUGACAAGAAACUUGAUAAAGCCGAGGACUUGUUGAGGAAGAAGGAACGUAAAGCUAAACGUUGGUUUAAUCGUUUAUCUGGUGAUGAGGACGAAUUUGUUUUUCAAGAAAUUCAUGUAUUCUUAGCAUCUUACUUAAUUGGUGUUGUUGUAGGAAUGACUUUUGGCAUUGUUGCACGCUGAGUCAUAUAAAAAAAAAAAAAUGUUUUAUUAUUAUAUAUUAUCACUAUAAUUUUUUGACUAAACUAUAUUAUUUUAUAUAAAAUUUACAUGCCAUGUAAAUAACACGGCUUUAUUAUACUAAUAUCUAAAUAUUUGUUCCAUUUUACACUUAGUUAAUUCAUCAUGAAUGGUAAUUUAUUUUUUACGUUUAUUUACUAACUUUCCUUAUAUAAUAAAUGGCUAGAUUUACAUAACUAUUUUUAAUUUAGGCAUAACUUUUGAUACUAGUCAGUUUGAAAUGAAUACAUUUUGUCAUUAAUUUAUGUAAUGUUUAUGAUAAAAUAAAUUUAUUAAUUUAGGUUGUAAUUUGUAGAUUUUUUUGUAAUUUUAUUAUACAAUUAGGCAUAGCCAUAUAUGUGUACAAUUACUAUUAUAGAAUAUGCUAGGUGGAUAAUUAGUUAUGUUUUAAACUCUUUUUAGAUUAAGUGUUUUUUUAAGUAAAAACCUGUCUUAACAACUUUUUGAAUCACAUAAUUAUUUAUAAAAUUUAAAAUGUUACAUUUUUUUUCAUUU